CACCGUUAUGCUGCGCAAGCGUCUAUCGACACAGACGAAACGUUUUAUGGGUGAGGUUUUGCUGUGUCAAUGACAAAGGAUGGGUGACAUUGACUUUGAGGAGCAGUUGGAACUCGAACGCCUUGAGAGGGAGAGUAAAGAGAAGGCAACUCAGGGUCCGCCAGGGAUCAGAGUUGAUGAUGAUGGUACUACAUAUGAGUGGGACCCGGAGAAACAGGCAUGGUUCCCAAAGAUUGACACUGACUUCAUAGCCCAGUACCAGAUGAACUAUGGUGUAGAAGGAGGGGAAGAUAAAGAAAAACAGAAUCAGGAGUACUAUCAGAACUACUAUGCGGCAGCUGUGCAGCAGGAAGAGGUGUUAUCUCGCCAGAAGAAAGAAGCUGUGGGGGAGGAGUCUCAUGAUGAAUCUAUCAAAAAACUGGAACACCUAGAGGACACCUGGCAGGAUGAUGGUGCAGGGCAGAAUGAUUCAAGGGAAGAAAUGGAAAAAUACACAGAAGAACAAAAGAAGCAAUACAAUGACUACUGGUCCUACUACUACAACACCGACUACCAUGACUACUACGCUGACUGCAUGGCUCAGCCUGCCCAGGAAGAGGGGAAGGGGGAAGGUUCCACUGAGGGAGUGGAAGCUGUGAAGGGGGAUGGGACGCAGGAGGGAGAGGAGGCUGGAAAAAAGAAAGGCAAAAAGAGAAAACCACCGCCGAGACCGGAAGGUUGGUUUGAAGUGAAUGAAGAACACAACACAAAUGUCUAUGUGUCAGGCUUGCCUUUUGACAUUAAACUGGAAGAGUUCACAGAAAUGAUGACCAAGUAUGGUUUGAUUAUGUUUGACCCUCGCACAAAGAAGCCCAAGGUGAAACUGUACCUGGAUGAGAAUGGUCAACCCAAGGGGGAUGGGAGAUGCUGCUUUAUCAAGAAGGAGUCAGUGGAUCUUAUCCUGAGCCUACUUGAUGGGGCCGACUACAAAGGCCAUAAGGUACACGUGGAACCAGCUCAGUUCUCCAUGAAGGGCAACUUUGAUCCAACCAAAAAGAAGAAGAAACUUUCUAACAGGGAGAAGAACAAGUUUAGGGAAAAGCAGGCCAAAUUGUUCGACUGGCGUCCUGAAAAACCGAGGGGGGCCAGAAUGAAGCAUGAGAAAGUUGUCAUCCUUAAGAACGUGUUUGAUCCAAAAGAGUUUGAGGAUGAUCCGGUGAGGAUUCAAGCGCUAAAAUCCAAGAUGCAGACGGAAUGUACCAAGUAUGGCGAGGUGAAAAAGGUUGUCGUUCAAGAUCGCCAUGAGGAUGGUGUAGUGCAGGUCACAUUUGCAGAGGCUGAGAUGGCUGAUAUGUGUGUGGAGUACAUGAACCAGCGUUUUCUUGGGCCUCGUCGACUCCUGGCUGCAGUCUGGGAUGGACAAACCAAGUACGAGGUUCAGGAAUCUGAGGCAGAACGCGAGGCACGGUUGAAAAAGUGGGCGGAGUUUUUGGAAGCUGAGGAGGAGGCAAAAUCUAAGUCGGCGGCUGGUUCUUUAAGUGCUACGGGAACUACUAAGGUAGAGGACUCUGCAGCUAGUUCUAGCGGAUUGAGUGCUAGCUCUGUUAGUGGGUCAAGUGCUAGCUCAUCUAGUGGAUUAAGUGCUAGUUCGUCUGACGGAUUAAGUGCUAGCUCUUCUAAUGGGGCAAAUGCUAGCUCCUCAGGUGACAGUGGUUCAAAAGAUGACACAGUUACUGAGAGUGUGAACACUGACAAUGUCAUAUCACAAAUAGCAAGUUCUAGUGAACGUAUAUCAGGUGUCAGCACUGCUAGUAGCUCUAGCGCUGUAGUACCAAGUUUGGAAACUGUUGGAUCAAGUUCAGGAACCAGUAUGCAGGUCUCAGGCUCAGGUGGUGAGAGUAUGGACGAGGUUAGCUCCAGUACCAAUGGUGUGUCCCUGGGGAGGGCAGGGCCCAGUGGACUCACAGGGGAUCGAAACAGUGCUGGGGACGGAGUGACUUCAUCAGGCCAGGGAGAGGCUAUGGAUGAUAACACAUGAGCUGCCUGGAAUUGGAAUACAGGAAUUUGUAUAUUUGAAAGUUUACAUACUGAAACAAUUGGUUAAAUGUUUAUCGUGGGUACUAUUAACUUUACAGAAUACAAACAUGUACACAGAUCCAAUGAACGUCACAGCUUGUGAAAGUGGUAUUUGUUAUACUAGUAUAACUUGAUGUACAUGUUUGUAGAUAUUUACAUGUAAAUGUAUGUAUUGUUUUGGCCUAAAACACUCCAUUUAAUUGCUUUAAAUGAGAAAAUAAUUGUUGUUGGAUAAAGUUUCAUUGAAAGUAUUGUAUUUAUCUAUUUGUAUGAAUGAAUGGCAAAUAAAUCCAACCUGGUACUACACAGGUAGAUUUUUUUAUAUGUUUUUGAUUGUAGUUGAAUAAAAUGGACAUCAUAAACUGACAAAGCUUUCAUAGAUUUUUUUCUGCACCAUUUAAAGUCUUUAAAAUCAGACUUUUGGAUGAACAACCUUGAAUUCUUACAUUGUGUUUGGCAUCAAAAAUUUUAACAAGCCCAGCUAUUUAAAAUUCAGAAUUUGAAAAAGUUCUGCAAACAUUUUACCAGUACAGGGCUUGAGGGCUUCUGCUGAUUAUGCCCGCUUAGUUAACCUUGUCAGUUUUACGGUACUUUAAAGGGCUGUUCUGUUAGAUUAUUUUUCUGAUUUUUUAUUUGAUUAUGUUUUUCAAUAGUAAUCUUUCUUUUUAUAUAACAUGGCAUGCAACAGAGUACAAGAUGCACUCAUGUGAAACACUAUUGCCAUUAAUGAAUGAUAUCAGUGUAUAUUGUGAUAUAUGAAGAAUCGGAAACAUUCAAUCUACAUGUAAUAAAUAUUACCAUGUAGUGGAUUAGACAGAAUUAAUGAGGAAAAACCUUCACCAUACACAAUGACCUGAACCAAGUUGACAUCUUGUGUGGAAUAUUACUUCAAAACAUAAACCUUCAAUAAUUACUAUAGAUAAAAACCCCUUCAUUUCACACAAUGAUCUGUAAAAACUUCAUCUAAAUUUAGUUUGGAAUAAAACUUUAAAAAAUA